CUGUCACAUAGUAAAUUAUCCACCACCAUAUCCAUACCGUAUCCACCACUGUCUUCAUUUGGACUGCCCAUGUCUGGUACGCAAUUUUUACGUUGUACAUUUUGUUUCACGCCAUUCCGACGCCAUGAACAUCUUCAACGCCAUCUGAUGUCUCAUGGAGGUGAUCGUCCCCAUAACUGUACAUUCUGUAGCCAAUCGUUCAAACGAAGAGACGUUCUCCAGAGGCACUGGCGGACUUGCAAAUUGCGUCUCGAUAUAGGCGCUGAGAUACCUCGGUAUCCUUAUGCCCCUAAACCUAGUAAGAGGCGAGCCUGUGAUCGAUGCUCUAGACUUAAGAAGGCAUGUAGCUUGGGCUCUCCUUGCGAAGCAUGUCGCGCCAGAAAUCAUGGAUGCUCCUAUGGGGAUUCUCACCCCGCUGCAGAGUCGGGUGGCCUGGUGCAGACUUCAUCCCCCAUAUUCCCUGGCUUCGCACUUCCCACGCCUGGAGAAACAGCAGAGCUCGAGAUCGACCAACCAUGUUAUCAACCCUUGGAAAUUCCAGACUUGGAUAUGACUUCCGCCGGGGAAACAGGCUCUUUGAAUUUAAGCAUUCUUGAUUCUGGGACUGAGGAGCCGCCAACGUCCAUUCUCGAUAGUGAAUAUGUGCUUAAUUUUCCAUCAAACGUAUGUGAUGCGUUUUCAGCAGUCCAGUCCACAUAUCCCAGCAGCAUUGUUACAAGAUUAUAUUUCCUGGACCAUUUCACAAGCGCUACAGGAUUCGCGGACUCGUUUGAAUGUGGAAAUCCCACUGAAAUGAAGGACCUGACCCGGAGUGUACAGGAGGAGUCGUCUGACCUGAAUCCGGAGAAAGAUGGCACUUCAUCACAGGUCAUUCUGCAACUGUCAGACUUCACGGAGGUCAUUGAGAGUCCCCAGCGGGAACGAGGCUCUUCAUCUUUCUUUGCGGAUGUGCCCGAGGAGACGUACUUUGGUUGCGAAGAUUGGCUUUCGGACUCCCUUGUCGGUGUCACAAACAGUAUCGUGUCUGGGCUAAAGGUUGCCACGCAGCAUCGAGAUCCAGGCAGUCCAAUCACUUUUUACUGGUCAAAACUCAUUGAACAGAUUUGUGUGCAGUUUUUCAGCCCCCCAAAUAUCAAGAAAUACCUACUUUUUUUCUGGUCAUUCUGGUACCCAAACUGCCCGAUAAUCCACAAACCCACAUUCGAUAUCCACAACGCACCCCACACGUUGCUCGUGCCCAUGUUAUUAAUUGGUGCGAGCCUUUCCCCCGACGAAUCCGUUAAGAAAAAUGCGAAGCUCUGGUUCAGCAGUGCAGAGGAGAUGGCCUUUGCGGAAGAGCAUUUCCAACAUUCAGUAACAACCAAGGGCGAGAACCAGCCCCCAGAACGGAAGGCCCUCCAGGCGCUUCAGGCCGCGUAUCUUAUUUGUCUUCUACAAAACUGGGAGGGUGAUAAUAAUAGCAAACAGAGAAUUAGGUGCUAUAGGUUCAGCAUGGUUAUAGCGGUUGCGAGAAACCUUGGAUUUGCAUCCGGAAACCAUCAUGAGAUCCAAUCACAAGACAUAGAUUGGCAUCGUUUUAUAUUAGAAGAGGAGUUUGUUAGAACCUUUUCAUUCAUUUUCUUACUCGAUACAGCUUUUGUCAUUUUCAAUAACACGCCACCAAAGCUGUCAAUAGCCGAGCUCUCUAUGGCUCCUGUGUGUUCCAAACGCUCUUUCCAGGCGCAGUCUGCCGAUGAGUGCCUGUUGCAUUUGGCUGGAUCGUAUAUCAGCAUGCCUAGCCCAAAGAAAUACACGGUUGCGUCUGUGGUGACAAAGAUGUGUCAGAAUGAGUUGGACACUGAUAGCAGAGAGUAUUUUGCUCGAUUAGGGAAGCUAAACUUGUUUAUAGUCAUAAGCGCAUUCCAUUCCAUUCUAUUUCACUCACGAAACACCCUUGUUCCCGAAGUGGCUGUUCAGCCACUCCGACAAGGUCUCAGCAACUGGAAAUCAUUCUGGGAUGGAUACGACGCUCUCGAACAUGACUCUGAAGUGGCUGGCCUAUAUUCCAGCGAAAGAUGGAAACGCACAGGAUUUAUGCAGCACGCUCCAGAAUAUUGGAUUCUGGCACAAGCAAUUCUCCGAGGCAUACAAAAUCCAGGUUUAAUGGCCAACAAUGAUACCAGCCUGAGUACGGGCUCUCUUCUCAGUCGAUUUGAUGAGACAGACAUGAGUCAAGUGAACAGGCUGAUCAAGCAAUUUGAGAAUCUCAAUAUACUGAACAUUUGAUAUUGUCCCGCUUCUACCCCCUCGAUUAAGAAAUGAUACUUCCCUCUUGUGGCUAGCAACCGGG